CAGGAGCCUCCAGGCAGUGUUAGGGUGAUUGGAAAUGGCGGAGCGAACGCAUUUGGAGCAGGCGAAGCUGCAGGAUGAAGGACCAGAAGAGAAAGCAGAGAAAACUGUGAAAACUAAGACUGUUUCUUCCAGUAAUGAAGGAGAAAGUUCAAGUCGAAAUGCAGAGAAAAGAGCAGCUAACGAAAGAGAUCAAGACGACUCAGCUGUUGGGGAUACAAACAACAAACCCACGCCUGCAAAAGUCACAAAAGUUGGAUUUUCAAUAGGAAAUACAACAUUAAAGAAGCCAGCCCCAAUAUCCAUCAAGUUAGGAACAAAUAAACCAAAAGAAAAUCCACCUGUCCUAGCUCCAAAGAAGCCUUCAGUUGCUGCAGUCUUUAAUGAAGAUGAUGAUAGUGAGCCAGAAGAAAUGCCUCCAGAAGCAAAAAUGCGCAUGAAGAAUAUGGGAAGGGAAACACCAACAUCAGCAGGACCAAAUUCUUUCAACAAAGGAAAACAAGGAUUUUCUGAUAACCAGAGGUUAUGGGAACGGAAAAUGAAGAGUCAGCUGCGAAAUUUUGCAGAUGAUGACUAAAAUGACCAGAGUUGAAUGCGAUGGGGGAUAUGGAAUAGAAAUUUAGGGAUUAACAUAUGUUCAAAAUCCUCCAGAUUGUUUUGGAAUGGAAACCAUUCAGUGAUGGGUGUAUAAUGUAUACUUAAAGACUUUCUCACUAUAAAUUGUAAUGAGUGCAAUGUGUUUAGUAAACAUUGAUACAAGUGGCAGAAUAUUUCAACAGAAUUUGACAUUUAGAUCUUGUCAUUUUUCAAAGCUACCACUGAUUAUUUUUAGUGAUGCGGUGUGCUGUUUGAUUUGGAGUGCUAUAAAUUAACAUAUGUUCCUAUUAGUACCUAAAAGGAAGAGUUUAAUUUUUUGCAUUUGAAAAGUUCAUGGUCAUUAAUUGCCUAGUUGCAGAGAAUAGUUUUAUGCUUCAUAUUGGGGAGGGGUAUUUUUGUGUUGAGCACAUUUUAAAUUGUGCAAGUACUUAAAAAAAAAAACUACCCUAAAGUGUUUAUAUUUCCCAGUGCAACAUUAUUCCCCAGCAAAAAGAUUGCCUAGUGAUACAGUCCUAAGUUGUGUGUAGACUUAAGUGGGAAUAGUUUAACUUUGCCUUGUGAUGUGAAACAUGAAAUCACCAAGUAUUGGAAUGAAACAAGAAAAUGUGCAGAUUAGUUCUAACAAGCGCCAAGUCUAAAUUAUUUUCAAUAGAAGUCAUCCUUCACAAUACAUACAUAAUUUAGCAUGUGACUGACCUGUUAAAGAAUAUGGUGAAUAUAUAUCAUCAUUCCAAAUCUCAUAAGAAAUGUAUUCAGUGAAAGUAGUCACCAAGCAAUUGGAUGGGCAGAAGGAUUAGCAAUUUUAUGCCACACAUUAAAAGUUAAAAUAACUGAUUGUGAUUGUAACCACAUGAAUCAGUAAGCCUUAACCUUGCUGGAUUUUUUUUUACUCUCCUAGUCUCUGCAUUCCAGAGUUUAGAAUUAGUUCUGUUGAGCAACUGCAAUAAAUUGUAAAUUUCAAAACAGAAUGGAGUUACUGAUCCAGUGUACUACAGGAUAUUCACCUC